AUGGCCCUUUUCAGAGAAUAUGUGCCGAUCGCCUUCACCAAAGAUGGAGCCCAAGCGCGUUCCAUCUUGAGCUCCCGGUGGAAUCAGCUGAUGGUGGAGGUGAAAGAGUGCAUGGCUGCUGAGAUUGGGCUGGAAUCUAAAAUUGAUGGUCUUGCUCAGUGCAAGGUAUACAAGCGAGCGGCUUACAAACAGAAUGCUCACCUUAUCGACCCCACUGGUGGCUAUCAAGCUUAUCGCAGCGGCAUGGGCGGGAGCCAUGCGUUGCAUUUUCUGUUACCUGCAUUGACCGCAUUUGCGCGCAAAGAUUCGACCAUCGCAGAAGUGGUUCCAAGGGAUCUUUCACUUUACAUUGAGACUUAUUGUUGUCCAACAUGCGAAACACACGUGAAUCAUAUGGUCAUGCCGGAAACCUAUGGGUAUAUGGACUGCGUGCGGGCGAAGGAGGAUUCGCCUCCAAAAUCUAGUUUCUUGGCCAUUUUGACUGCGUGCUUCAGAUGCUAG